AAGUAUAUUAUAUUCAUAUAUAUAUAUAAAGUAUGGCUGUUGAAGCUACAGAAAACAAAAAGCCAAUGAUAAGUGCAAUGUUUCGUGGACCAGGACCAUGUUAUAUGAUGCCUGGAACAACUGGGUAUAUUGGACAUGAUGUUACAAAAAAAACAGCUCCACAUUAUGUUUUUGGAAUCAAAACAAAACUUAAAGAUGAAACAACACCUGGACCUGCUGCAUACAAAGUUGAUCCUAAAGUAACACGAUUUGGUAAAGAUGGGCUUCCAGAAUAUACCCUCCAUUAUCGUCCGAAGGAGUUAACAACCUUUAUAACACCAGCUCCAGGUACUUAUCAAACAGAAAAUGCAAAAAUUCUCAAGUAUAAAACUUCUCCUUCUUUUACAAUUGCUGGAAGAACUCGUUAUGGUAAAAAAGAUCACAUACCUGGACCAAGUUCUUAUAAUCUACCAACAAUGUUUGGUUCUAAAAUUCCUAUUAAAUCCUCGCCACCAUCAUUUUCAAUGUCUGCUCGAUCAAAAUUUGGUGGCUUCAAUGAAGAUCUUAAAAAGACUCCUGGACCUGGUACAUAUAAUUCUGGAGAUCCUAACUCAUGGAAAAUAAAAGCUCCAAUGUUUUCAAUGGCAGGUAGAAGUGCAUUACCAACUGAUAAAACUCAAAAUCCUGGACCAGCUAAAUACUUGCCUGGUAUCACUAAAGGCACAACACCAAAAUUUUCUUUUGGUGUUCGACAUUCGGAGUAUGUCGUCCCGUUAAUCGCUGAUGUUUCUUGUGCAUAAUUUGCAUUCUUUACAUUAUCAUUAGGUUACUGGCUGGGGUUUUUUAUGCAUUAUAGCUGUUAGAUUUAUUAGUAGCAAGAUCAUUUUUAAUUCAUAUUCAAAGUAUAAUUGGUCGAGAAUAUUAUUUUUUAACUUAAAUUUUAAUAUGAUUUUUUUUUAUCAUAUAUUUUUCUAUAUUUUUUUAUUACUAUUAUUAUAUUUUAUUUUGCUAUAUUAUGUGAUAAAUAUAUACUUUAUAAUUAAUAUAUUUUGUGAUUAAAAUAUUUUUAAAUUUGGUUAAUUUUUUUUUAAUUCAUUGUAUAUUUAAAAAU